AGUCUUAAUUUUACCACCCACCUGUUCAGGAGGAACAUUAGUUUGGAAUACUAUUUGACACCCAUAAACAAACUAGUUGAAAGCUACAAUGUGGAAAUUUGUGGUGACAUUCUGUGCUGCCAUUCUGAUGGUUGGUGCUGCUCCUCAGGGACAACCUCAAGCACCUGCCCAACCCGCAGAUAGUGAAUAUGUGACUCCUGUUCCAAUUCUUCGAUUCACAGAAUCUGUCGGACAGGACGGAAGCUUCAACUACAGUUACGAGGCUGGAAAUGGAAUUAAUGUGGAAGGAGCUGGAUUCACAAAACGUGCUCAAGUACCGAGAAUUGAUCCUGAAACAGGAGCUGAAGGUGCAUUAGAAGAACAGGACAUCCUAGUGCAGACAGGUUCCUUCUCCUACACAGCUCCCGAUGGAACGCCCAUUCAUGUUCAGUACAUUGCCGAUGAGAAUGGUUUCCAACCCGUGGGUGAUCAUCUUCCUCAGCCACCACCACUGCCAGACGCAAUUGCCAACUCCCUUAGCCAACAAGCUCAGCAGCAACAAGCCCAGCUGCAACAAGCUCCUCAAGCACAGCCUGAAGCCAGACAAUUUGAACAACCUCAACCAGUUCAAGUUGCAGAUGCCACCCAGCAACCUGAAGCUGCACCAUCAAACAUCCAGCGAGUUCAUGCUUUCCCUCAGCAAUUCGCACCCUUCCAAAUUGUCGUCUAAAGUAUCAUCCCUGAGCAAAAAGGGUCAAUCACUUUAAAAUGUGUAUAUAGCUUCAACUGUUCCUUAAGCAAUCCUGAAAAUGAAUCCUGCUGACAUUUUUUACCAGUCACUAUAUUUAUAUCAAUGAGGAAAAAAUUAGUCUUUGAUGUAGUACAAUAAGUUCCUUCAUCAAUAAAAUACAUUUUCCUCAUAA